AUGAUGAAGAUGAAUAUCAAAGUUGAUAUGGGAUACAGUGAACUAGCACUACCUACGUCACAGGUCAAGCAACUAGACUUGGGUUAUAUUGAUACGGUGCAAGUGUCAUCAAGUACCGACAAUAAUAUACCAAUCGAUCGCCACGGACCAGUGUUAAUCUAUUGGGAUGGGCAGGUCUAUGAAGCUACAGCAUACAGCAUGCCAUCACUUGAUGCGGCACGCGUAGGUCUUAAACCACUGAUCUCAAUGAAGCCCGAUUUUAAUUGGCGUAAAAGCAGCCUCAAACGAAGUAUCCUUAGUUUCCCUUCUAAGCGAUACUAUAUCGACUGUAACGAUAUAAAUAAAGUAAUUGGCGCAGAAGAUAAAAUCGAAUAUUUCGAUAGAGAACACGAUGUCAAAAUCUGUAUAACAAACGAAGGUGGGAGUAAAGUGUGGCUAAUAAUUAGUGCUAAUCGAUUUGACAUUGAUAUCGAUCAAGUAGCACGAACUGUUGCAGACUUUGCACCCAGUUUAAAAUCAGUUUGA